AGUGUGAUGCUCGACUUUUGGCUCGAGAGAUAAUGCUGUCCAUUUGAUUUCGUAGCGGUGGGUGUUCACCGUGAGCUUCGGUUGCAAUGCCGAAAGGAUUUGCACAAAUGCUGAUGACAGCAUUUACAGCCGAUGGACCUGUGGUGAAGCCCAAGAGUCCAUGGGAAGGAGUUACCACCGAGAAUCUCUUCAAGCGGUUACACCCGGUGGUCCAGGAUAUGAUGACCCAGACUCCGUCUAUGAAGAAGGAGUGGGAGAAGACAAUGAGCACUGCCAUGCUCGAGAGCAAGAAGAAAGGCAUUUCAGAGCAGCAGGAAUUGCGAGACACCUUGGAGGACAACCUGAAGCAAAUGAAUGCAAUUUAUGAUUCAAAUCCAAGCAUUCUACAAGAUUUUCAUUCGGCGUUGUAUCAGAACCGAUCUGGGCCACGACUACGGCAGUCGGCCUUUCUGGAUGAUUCUGCCAAAGGUGCAAAGGGUCCAUGGGAUGAUGUUACAACAGAGAAUCUGUUUAAGCGCCUGCAUCCAGUUGUUCGGGACAUGAUGGAGAAGAUGCCCGGAGUGAAAAAUGAGUGGGAGAAGACCAUAAAUACGGCUUUGAUUCAGAGCAAGCAGAAGCCGGUCGGCGAGCAGCAAGAGUUGCGCGCGACUAUGGAGACCUGCCACGCAAACUUGCUUGAUGUUGCUUGUACCCCUGUCCAAUGUUGUGACAUUCUGAGGAUGCCCACGUGUCCGCGCCGCGUGAGAUUACGCCCCACUUGCACUUCACAGGGUUACAAGUUUUGCUGGCGCAUUUGAUGGCACUUGUGAGGAACAGAAUCUGAAGCAAAUGAACGCAAUUUAUGAUGCCAACCCCCGCAUUUUGGAAGAUGUCCACAGAGCAGUGCAAGAUGGCUCCGGAAGUGCAUUUCUGUGAAGCAAACAUGAAUUUGGCGUGGAAGAUCCUGAGUCGUGGUGAUUGCGCCAAAGAAUCAAUCGCCAGUUGAUUUGGGACAAACCGCAUGACGAGCUAAGUCCCAAUUGAAUUUUUGUAGCAGCCCGCCAUUGUUUC